AUGCACUCCCUCGCUCUUCUUUCCCUCCCCCUUUUGGGAUCGGUUGCCGCCGCCGAGUCGGUCACGUCUCUCUUUUUGCCCGGAUUUGAUGCCCAGAAACUUUUCGGGUCUGUUAUGGGAUCUACUGGAUCGACUACCACUUUCUUCGUCAAUUGUCCUGCAGGCACUGAUGCUCUCGACUGUGGUGUCGCGCCUGGAUUGACUGCUAUCGCCGGACCAAAAACCGCCGAGCUCCAAUAUCACGACCAGGACUUAGUUUCAAUCCACCUUCGGUGCGACAUGAGCAAUCCGGAGGUCGCCGACUGCGUCGAGACCAUUGGCGGCGUAAGCGCUCCGUACCCCGGCACAAGUACCGGCACCUUCACUGGCGGUGACAUCGCGACCAUGUAUCUUCCCGUCACCAUCACUACUGGUGCUGCCUCGACCGGCGCCUCGGUCACUGCUUCCACUGCGUCGGUGACCUCUGUUCCGGCUUCUGCUGCCGCCACGACUGCGGCGCCUUCUGCCACUACCCUGAGUGGCACCAAUACCGCCUCUGCAGACAACUCGAAGCUAGCGGCAGCUUACCCCAGUUUCCAACUGCCGAUGAUCUCAUCGCCCCGCUUCUAUUUGCUUGUCCCUGCCGUGCCACUCACCUCCAUGCAUCACACAUAUCUCCUGCAUCUUGCAUCAUCUACACUGUCCACGUUGCCCACGUUGCACAGUUGCGAUAUGAGAGCCAAGACCUUAGCCCCCUUCACCUUCGACCUACUUCCGCUCGGCUCGGUCAAGCCGCGCGGAUGGGUCCAGGACCAGCUCAACCUGUGUGCAACCGGCCUGGGCGGAAAUAUCUACAAUUUCCAUCGAUUCAUCAAGGGAAGUCGCUGGUUUGGUGGCCAUGCAGAGUAUAGCCCGCUCAACGAAUCGGCGCCGUAUUGGUACAAUUACAUCGUACCGCUCGCCUAUUUGCUGGACGACGAGGAAUUGAAGAAGCAGGCUAAUCACUUCCUGGAUCGCACGCUGAAAAACCAACAUGCGGAUGGCUGGAUAGGGCCCGAGCAUACAAAACAUGGACGCGGGAUCUGGGCGCGGUGCUUGGUGUUGAUGGGCAUGGUGAACCACGCGCUUGCAGACCCGGCUCAGUACGAGCGCAUUGUCGAGGCAAUGCUUCGCUUUACCAGGCUUGCCAACUCCAUGUUCAAGGAUGACUUUCAGGGUCUGAUUCCGCAUCCAGGCGACGAGUUUGACGAGUUUUGCAUCACUCGCGCGCACGAGUUGUCCACUACACUGCAGUGGUUGUAUGAGCAGGUAAACAACAGGCAGGAUAAGGAGGUUAUAUGGGAGACAAUGGAUCUCGCAUGGAAGGCUACCCGUGCUGGUGAUCGGGACUGGUCAAAGUUUUUCACUGAGGAAGAAUUCCCCAAGGAACCGGCUGCUCAGGGCUCGACUUUGAUCAAGCAUGUCGUGAAUGUAUCUGAAGCAUUACGCUAUAUCCCCCAAUUGUAUCGAAUGACGCACGAUCGUGACCUUGUUGACCGUGCUCGUGAAUCCGUCGAAAUGGCAUUGAAAUAUCAUGGGACAACGUUUGGUGCUCUUGCGGGCGACGAGUUCCUCGCUGGUGUCCAUCCGAAACGCGGCGCCGAGCUGUGCGGGACAGUGGAACUGAUAUUCUCGCUUUCGUAUCUGUAUCGACUGUUCGGCGAGACCAGGUAUGCGGAUCAGGCAGAGCUUGCCACAUACAACGGCCUGCCUGCCGGUAUGACCCCGGAUUGGUGGGCACACAAUUAUCUCACGCAGAGCAAUGAGCCAUGGGCAAGGAACUUGGAAAACUGGCCAUUCUAUAAUUGCGGAGGGCGAGCUUUGGUAUAUGGGUUGGAAGUCAACUACCCAUGCUGUUUGGUCAACCAUGCGCAGGGGCUUCCCAAGUUUGCCAUGAAUGCAUUUGUCGCAAGUCCCGAUCUCAGGUCGAUUGCCCAUCAGUUCUUAUUCGCUGCUGAAGCGACGAUCCCAGUUCAAGGCGACAGGCCUAUCCACAUUACGAGCGAUACUCACUAUCCGUUCGAUGAGAGUAUUACGUACAGAAUCGAAUCAAGCCGCAGCUUUGAUUUUUACGUUCGUAUUCCAGAAUGGGCAACCAGUGGAAGCACUGUCAAGAAAGACCUUGACAACGAUACUGUCCAAGAAGAGACGGUGCAAGCAGACUCCAAUAGUUUAUACAAGGUACAAAUUUCUCCAGGAAAGUCUUCUUUCAGAAUUACGCUCAAUGCAAGGAUCCGCGUUGUUCCUCGGUCGAAUAAUGCAGUUGCAAUUUACCGCGGAGCUCUUCUAUACGCGAUGGAAAUCCCACACAAGGCCAAAACCGGCCCUCCAAGACACUUUGCCGAAUGGACACCGUUGCCAGAUGACGCCAAGUACUCACAAGCAAUUCGUGAUGUCGAGUACAUCCCUACAGCGGACUGGCAGGUAGCCAUUGACCCGUCACAAGCACACUUUCACCGCGUCGCAACCAAGGGGAAUCUUCCCAACCCUGUAUUUGAAUCCGGCGCCCCGCCUGUGUCCAUCACAGUUGCGGGAAGCAAGAUUUCAAACUGGCCGCUGGAAGGUGACUGCGCUGGCCUACCUCCCUCGAACCCAUCGGUUACUGGCAAACCGUUUGCUAUAAAACUAGUCCCGUUUGCAAGUGCCAAACUUCACAUUUCCGAGUUUCCUAUCGUGAAGCUUGCAAAUGUUGACUUGGAGAAAGUGCAAGGGUCUAGCUGUACAAUUAUGUGA